UUUUUCCUGCUUGUACAGUGUUUUGACUUAAUUUAACCGUGGUUCGGAUUGAAUUCUGCUCGAUAAACAAUACAAAUUUAUAAACAAUACAAAUAUUUUUUUGCACCCAAUUCUUACAGUAAAAACAAUGUUUUAAAUCUGACUUUACUUUUAAUUAUAAAUUAUUUUAUUGAAAUUAACGCUGAUGUAUUAUAAUUAAAAGAGAACUCUUGCCAAAAAUAUGUUAAUAUCAGUAAAAAAUAAGUGAAAUGUUUAUAACUUGUUUAUUAUCUAUAUAACUGAACAUAAAUUUGUGGUUAUGUCUCGAAAACGAGUGGUUUACUUCUGGGAUCCUGAUGUUGGUAAUUUUCAUUAUGGACCUGGGCAUCCUAUGAAACCUCAUAGAUUAUCUGUUACUCAUAGUUUAGUAUUGAAUUACGGACUUUAUAAGAAAAUGCAGAUUUACCGUCCUUACCGAGCAUGUGCACAUGAUAUGAGUCGCUUCCAUUCUGAUGAAUAUAUUGAUUUCCUGCAAAGAGUAACACCCCAUAACAUUCAAUCUUUCAACAAAAGUUUAAGCCAUUUUAAUGUUGGAGAUGACUGUCCGGUUUUUGAUGGUUUAUUUGAUUUCUGUUCAAUGUACACAGGAGCUUCAUUAGAAGGAGCUAUGCGCCUUAAUAAUCAGUGCUGUGAUAUUGCCAUUAAUUGGUCUGGAGGUUUACAUCAUGCUAAGAAAUUUGAAGCCUCUGGAUUUUGCUAUGUAAAUGAUAUAGUAAUUGCCAUUCUAGAACUUUUGAAAUUUCAUCCUCGUGUUCUUUAUGUGGACAUUGAUAUUCAUCAUGGAGAUGGUGUUCAAGAAGCCUUUUACCUCACUGAUAGAGUGAUGACUGUGUCAUUCCAUAAAUAUGGAAACUACUUUUUCCCUGGCACUGGUGAUAUGUAUGAAAUUGGUGCAGAAAGUGGACGUUAUUACUCAGUUAAUGUUCCUCUAAAAGAAGGAAUUGAUGAUCACAGUUAUUUUCAAACGUUUAAGCCAGUUAUACAAGCAGUUAUGGAAUUUUAUCAGCCUACAUGUAUUGUUUUGCAGUGUGGUUCUGACUCUUUGGCUGGAGAUCGAUUAGGUUGCUUUGCUUUAAGUACCAAAGGGCAUGGCGAAUGUGUAAAAUUUGUGAAGGAACUGAACGUGCCUCUCCUUGUUCUGGGUGGGGGUGGUUACACAGUGAGAAAUGUGUCAAGGUGCUGGACCUAUGAAACAUCACUUUUAGUGGAGGAAAACAUUAGCAGUGAAAUUCCAUAUAAUGAAUACUUUGAAUAUUUUGCACCUGAUUUUACUCUUCACCCAGAUGUCAACACAAAGCAAGAUAAUGCUAAUUCUAAACAAUAUUUGGAAACCAUUGUGAAGCAUGUAACAGAAAACUUGAAAUGUCUCCAGCAUUCACCCAGUGUACAAAUGCAAGACGUUCCAGAGGACUUUCUUCGUCUUAAAAUGGAGGAAGAAGAAAAAGAACCAGAUCCUGAUAAGAGAAUGACGCAAGAAGAAAUAGAUAUAAAAGUGGAACCUCCUAACGAGUUUUAUGAUGGGGAAAAGGACCAAGAUGCUGAAAUGCCUCCAGAAACAUAAUACCUGCUGCAUAUUAAAUUUCAUCUCAUCAAUCAUUACAACUGAAAAACCAUCAAAGCUCUUGUAAACAUAAAAGAGAUAUUUUCACAACAAGAGUAACUUUUAGAUUCAUUUAAAGUGUGUUUUGCAUCACACUUUUUCAAAAAAUCAUGAAUGAACUACAUUUAUGUACAGUAGUUAUGCAACCUAUCAUUUUUCUACUAUUGUUUUUUAAAGAAUCAUUUGUAGUGCCUAGCACACUAUUUUAUGGUGAUAUUUUAAUUGGUUGUAUGGAUUUUAUUUAUUCUUAUAAAGGAUUUUUUUUUUCAAUGUCUUUUUUAUAUAUAUUUUAGCAAUUCAAGAUAAAUGUUUUCUCAUAACUUUUUAUGUUACGUUGUAAAGUAUAAAUUACUAAAAAAUAAAUUUUAAAGAACGCUAAGUGUGUUUUGUCCCAAAUUUUACUAAAUUAUUUGGAUCAACUGUUUUAAAUAUUUAGGUAUUAAAAAAAUUUACCCAUAGAGCCUAUUUCUUUUACACUAUUUUUAUGUAUGAAAUAAUUGAAUUUUUACUAAUAUUAUUAUUAAAAAUAAUUAUUAAUAAAUAAUUAAUACUAAUUAUAAAACAAAAAUAUUCCUGAAAUAAUAAAAAUUUUAUUCAUAAAACAAUGUGAACAAGAAAUAGUUACAGAGGGUAAAUUUUUGUUAAAUAGAUAAAUAAUCGAAUUUUUAUUGUAUAAGUCAAAAAAUAGAAACUGAUUUGAUUGAAAUUUGAAUUUAAUAAAGACAAAUGCUAUCCCCUUGA